GUGGCCGUUAAAAAUACGAUCGUCACCAUUUAUAACAGAACAAAACGCGAGCUAGAGAGAGAAAACACAAACACAAACACAAACAUAACUAGUGAGUUCUGAGAGAGAGAGAGAUCUAGAAGGUGACGUCGUCGGAGAUUAUGGCGGCGGUUAGGAGAAGAGAAAGAGAUGUGGUUGAUGAAAAUGGAGCUAUCACGACGGUGAAGCGGAGGAAGAUGGAGGAGGAGGUGGAUGGUGUAGAAUCGAGGAUAGUUUUGUCACCGUGUGUACAGGCGACGAAUCGCGGUGGAAUAGUGGCGAGAAAUUCAGCAGGAGCGUCGGAGAUGAGUGUUGUUAUAGUUCGUCGGCGAGAUUCUCCUCCGGUAGUUGAAGAACAGUGUGAAAUCGAAGAAGAAGAUUCGUCGGUUUCGUGUUGUUCUAAUAAUAGAUCGGAAGAGAAAUCGAAACGGAGAAUCGAAUUUGUUGAUGUACAGGAAAAUAAUGGUGAUGAUCGUGAAACUGAAACGUCGUGGAUUUAUGAUAAUUUUAAUAAAAGUGAGGAAUCGAUGAACAUGGAUUCUUCGUCGGCGGCUGUAGAAGAUGUAGAGUCUCGCCGCCGGUUAAGGAAGCGCCGCCAUGAGACGGUGAAAGAAGCUGAGCUAGAAGAUUUUUUCCAAACGGCGGAGAAAGAUCUUUCGAAUAAGAUGUUGGAAUGUUCUAUGAAGUAUAACUUCGAUUUCGAGAAAGAUGAGCCACUAGGUGGAGGAAGAUACGAGUGGGUUAAAUUGAAUCCAUGAAGAAGACGGUGAUUAUGAUCAUUAUUCUCUUCUGUAAUAAUAUUUGCUUUGAUUUUUCUUUAACAAAAUCCAAAUGUAGAU